AUGGAGACCGCGUUGAGUGUCAUGCCACCUCCAAUAUCCAGGAGGAUUGCAAGAGCGAUGGUAAGCUUUUGAAUAGUCUGAACUCGCAAUUUACUCGAUUCUGUUUUUACAUUCUCUCUGAAUUCUGCAGCUUAUUUUUCUGGAUCAGUUAGAAAAUCAUAAUCUUUCAUCUCAAAAAUUACCAAUACAAGAAAAUCUUAACAGAAAUUAAAAUUAAAUAAAUUCAAAAAAAUUGACACUACGAAAAUAUAGUUUAUAUCAGAAAAAAUUCAGUUUGUUUUUGUUAAGAAAACCAUUCCUUGAUUUUUGUUUGAUUUUUCGUAACUUAAAAUUAAUUUUAAAUGAACAGGCAACCCAGAAAUAAACAUGGUCUAAAAUGAAAGAUAUUUAGCUCUAGGUUGUCCGAAUCUAUAGAAGAAGUUGCGAAAAAGCUUUCUCGAUUUUAUAGAGCCCGAGGGCCCAAACCUAAUCCAACAAGUUUUCUGUCAAUUUUGAAAUCUGGUAUAUUUUUCAUAAUAUUGUAAUUCAUCCACCAAUUUUUCACGAUAAAAAAAACAAAAAAUCGGAACUUGUCAAUCAUCAUUUUGAUCUUUAUUCCAUCACAACAUCCUUUCUAUUCCCCCCCUCCCUUUUCCAUCCAAAAUAUCCAUGUUUUCAUUCAAUUGUAAAAAUCAUGUCUACAAGGCUUUUGGCUAAACUUAAUUACAACUUUGAGAGACGAGCAAACUCUCUCUUCUUUCUCAUCGCCAAAAAUGAAUAAGAAGCAUCAAUGUCAAACCAACACCAACCAAAAAUGUAGUAGUUGUUGAUUGCCAAGUGUCACUUCCGAUACACCCUAGUUAGUGGCUCAUUCUUUUCUUGUCCAUGGAUCUUCCCUCUUUUUCUUCUCAUUCGCCUUUUGCCACACAAAAAUCCUACGGUAGCAGAACCUUUUCUCUUUUUAUUUUUUUUAUUUUUGUGCUUUCAAGGAGAAAUAAUUUGUCCUUUAGCUAGUUCGAAAACUAAAAUGAUGUGUUUUUCACUGUGAAUUUCAAACAUACGGUAUAUUGAUUUGAGAUGAAAAGUGCAAAGAGUAGAGAGAAAUCUCAAGUUGUUGCGCGGCGGCGAGAAAAUCUUUGCGAGAAACAGCCCCGGAUGAUUGUUAGCUUAGUUUUCUUUGCUUUUUUUCACCUUUCUCUCUCUUGUAUCACUUUUUCUCCAUUAUUUAGUUAUAUCGGCAAGUUUCGCGCAAAUAUUUAAUUGAAACAUGUGUUUUGUGGUGUUAAUUUUUGAGAUUAUUGGUUUUUUCUUGCUAUUGGAAGUUGGAUUUCAGAAAAAUUAUGAAAUUUUGUAGAAUAGGAUCAUUUUUGUGAUAGAAAAUUUGGAUUCCAAAAUGUAUAAACAAAAUAAAUCAGAAACUUUUCAUGAAACAUUACAAUUUCGUGAAUAAAUUGGAUCAAAAUUAUUUGAAUUUCUGGCUUAAGUUGUUUGAAAUUUUGAAGUCUGAAAAAAUUUCAAAAAAAAUUCUAAAAUUCCUCUUCCUUCAAAAGUAAAAAAAAUCCUUUUUCCCUUCAAAAAUCGUCAUGCUGAAAUCUGAAACGGUGUCAAAUAUUCAGAAAAUCUGAGAAGGAGACGUUUUUCCAAUGCGAGUAGCAUCAUAUCGCACUCAUUUAUUUAUAAUUAUACAUAUUAUUUUUUCCCGAAACAUUUUUUUUGUUCUUGUCUAAUACAUUUGAUUUUUCUAGCAUACAAAUCUCAAGAAAUGCGAACGAUUGAACCACGUUGCAAGAUAUCCAGUUCAUCCAAGCAGUGCUGCACCACACGAUACUAAGUUUUCAAAAACCUAUCUCAACAAGGACCGAAAGGUGAGCCCUUGGGAAUUUGUCUAAUGAAAAUGAAUGUACAGUAACCCUUCUCAAAGUGCUCGUCAAGAAAAAAUUUGAGAGACAAGUUGUUUUUUUUGCCUCUCCUUUUUCUUCGCUCUCCAAAUUAGUCCAAUCUGACACUUGUCACUUAAGUAAAGAGUAAUUUUGUGUGUGUGUGCGCGAAAAGGAUACUCUCUAUUUUUUUUCUCGCUUGCCUUACUAGUAAUUUUUCUUGUGGCCUUUCUUUUCUUUUAGUUUUUAGUGACUGACUUGUGCUGAAAAUAACCACGACAACAGAAGGAAAUCGACAAUUUUCGUUUAGUUUUCAUGUUUUUUUUCAAAGAAGAGGAGAGGGAGCACAAAUUAUCGAGAAAAAAUGUAUUUGAGAUGAAAAUUUUUUUCUGCUGCGUUUUCAAAAUUUGAUGGCUUUUUCCUGAAAUUUUCUUUUCUCUUUCUUUAUUCUAUUUUUCCCGAAAACAAAAAAAAGUGUCCUUAUUUUAUACUUCACACUAAUCUGGAACACCUUUGACACGAGAAAAAAAAAUAUCAAAUUAUUUAUUUCCUUCUAUUUUUCACAUUUUAUGAGUGGGUUUUCAGAAGAAUUGAAAAAAAAAACGAGAAGAUAUAUAGAUUUAUCUUUUUCACACACUAGUUUUGUUUUAUUUUCUCGCUUUUUGCUUCUAAAAGGAUUAUAAUUCAAUUUGUGCUCUUUUUAUCGAAAAAUUAUGCAAAAUUCCGUAAAGAAUCAAAAAAAAAUUGUUUUCAGUUCUUGUCCGCCGGUAUGCUUCUAUAUUAUCUGGCGGCAAUAUUCAAGGGCUUACAUCCGCGAGUCGACGACGAUUUUGUGGACAAGCUCAAUUAUCACUAUACUUCUGCUAUUAUAUUCGCAUUUGCUAUUAUUGUUUCGGCCAAACAAUAUGUCGGUUAUCCGAUUCAAUGCUGGGUUCCCGCUCAAUUCACUGACGCCUGGGAGCAGUAUACAGAAAAUUAUUGUUGGGUCGAAAACACCUAUUAUUUGCCGUUGACCAGCGCAUUUCCAUUAGAAUAUGGUGAUCGACGAGCGCGGCAAAUUAGUUAUUACCAAUGGGUGCCGUUUGUGUUAGCACUCGAAGCGUUAUGCUUUUAUAUACCGUGCAUAAUGUGGAGAGGAUUGCUGCAUUGGCAUUCGGGUAUCAAUGUUCAAUCGUUGACGCAAAUGGCGUGCGAUGCACGUAUGAUGGAUGCGGACGCACGAGCCGCAACCGUUCAAACCAUCGCCGGACACAUGGAAGAUGCGCUGGAAAUUCAGCGCGAAGUCACCGAUGUGUCGGGAAUGUGUGUGCAGAAACGAUGGGCAAAUUAUGUGACACUAUUAUAUGUUUUUAUCAAAAUGUUAUAUUUAGGAAAUGUUGUUCUACAGGUAAGAUUAUUAAUCGAAAUUUUGUGAUAUCAUACUCAAACAUUUUUAGGUGUUCAUGUUGAACAGUUUUCUGGGAACUGACAAUUUGUUCUACGGAUUUCACAUUCUCAAAGAUUUAUUAAAUGGUCGAGAAUGGGAAGUCAGUGGGAACUUUCCACGUGUCACAAUGUGCGAUUUCGAGGUAAGACCCCACCCAAGUUUCUCCCAAAACAAAUAAAAAAUCAUUGUUAGGUCCGGGUACUUGGAAAUGUGCACCAUCACACAGUUCAAUGUGUAUUAAUGAUCAAUAUGUUCAAUGAGAAAAUCUUUCUAUUUUUAUGGUUUUGGUAUUUUAUGGUGGCAUUCGUGUCAGCUGUAUCAAUGCUUCAUUGGAUUGUGAUAUCAUUUAUACCAGGACAACAUAUGAAAUUCAUUCGGAAAUAUCUUCGAGCCACCGAUUUGGCAACAGAUCGACAGUCGGUCAAAAAAUUUGUGCACAAAUUUUUGGGUUAUGACGGGGUAUUUACCUUUGUUUCUUGGGGCACGGAAAAAUAAUUUUUUUCUUGUAGGUAUUUUGUAUGAGGAUGAUAUCAGCGCAUGCUGGUGAUAUUUUAGCAACUGAAUUAAUAGUCGCGUUAUGGCACAAUUUCAACGAUCGGGUCCGGAAGGUAACAUUUUUGUUUGGUUGUUUUGUGGUGGAAUGUGCCCCCUAUUCUCUCAAAUGUGCUUCUUUAUAUAUUCAUGAAAAUCCCCGCAUUUUAACUCAAAAAACCCACAGCGCUCACUAAUUUUAUUUCCAAAAAUGAAAAAAUAAAAAUCAAAGUUUCAAAAUCAAUAUUUUCGAUCCCAAAUCAUUAAAGGCAUAUCGUUUGCAGAAUUUCGAACAAUGCUCAGAUCAAUAGUUAUAUAGUGAAAGAGACGAGAAAAAACAAAACGUUAGUUUUCAUAAAAACCUCAAUUUCAAAUCGCUAAUAAUUAUUCCUUCACUAACCGUUAUGUGUUCUUCCACGAUGUGCCUUUAGUGAUUGAUUCGAUUUUUCCAAGAAACAAAAUUUUCUCAUCAAACAAAACAUGAUUUUUCUCGGGCGCACUUUCAGAAAGCAUUUUUUUUUGAAUUUCAUCAAUAUUUCUACAUACUAUCUCCCCCUCACAAUCUCACCAAUUCACACUUUUAUUUUUUCAAACUGUCCAUUUUUAAACUAACCAAGAAACUUUUGUGUUUGUCCGCUUGGUACUCAGUUUUUUGAAGUGUCGCUAACCAAAUUAUACUUUCAAAAAUAUUAUUUUAUUAUCAUUUUCAUUUUCACAAAAAUUAAAUGAAGAUGAUGAUGAUUUUCCUCGGAUUUCCCUGAUAAAAUGUGCAAUUUUGAAGAUACAAUUCAACUCUACGGAAUCUCUCAACCACUAACCACCAUCACGUACGUGUAGUUUUUCUAUAUAUUUCUUCUUCUAUUUCACGUCUGUAUAUAAAAAUCGAUAAUUUUCAUUGAAAUUAUUGAUUGAUUGAUUGAUAAUCACCGAUUUGAAUGCUUAGCUUUAUCUAUCCUUUUCUUUUAAAAAAAAAAAAACAUUUUUUGGAAAAGGUCACUGCACGCAAAACACCUUCCUUCUAGAAAAAACAUUUUUUUUCAAACUUUUUCAAAAACUAAAAAAAAUAAAGUGUGCCCGACAACAAGAAAAUCCUUUGCAUGUGCCUUUAGUUGGUUUUUUUCUCAUACUUUUUCGGAAAUUCUUCCAAGCUUUUGUUUUUUUAGUGUCUAACAAGUUGUAAAAUUAUGUAUCACAAGGCUUUGUGCCUCUAAGCGAUGAUGUAAAAUCAAAUAAUUGAACAUUGAAAAGUUGACAAGAUUAUGUUUAAUUUCAGAGUCCAAUCGAAAUGUUUGAAGGAGGUGUCAGUCAGUCGCCAAGUAAAUUAGAUGCCAAUUUCAAAACGUGGCUACUUGGUCAAACGAGGUGAGUUGUUGAGAAAGAAAUAAAUAAUGAGAAAAAUUUCGCGACAUUUUGACAUUUUGACACGUUUUUUGUUGAGCGGGGGAGAAAUUUUAAUGUUUGCUCGGGUAAAAUUUUAAAAUUUGAGGGGUUGAAUUUGAAGAUUUGUUUUCAAAAAAAUGAAAAUUAAAAAGACUCUCUCCCGCUCAAAAAUUUCCCAAUCCAAUAACUAAAAUAGUCGGAGCCAGAGCAGUCGUUGAGCCCAGUUGUUUUGCAGGGCCGCGGAGGCCAACGGUGGCUCUCGACUGCUAUCAGCUCGUUAAUUCCUCAACCUCAUCGCAUUGCAGGGCAAAGCCGCCCUUUGAUGGAUCAAAUCCGACGCGUGGCAAAAAACGACGAAAAUCCGAUGGCUACUUCACAUUCGUCUAA